GAAGUUGGAAAGGAGAUGUAUAUCGUAAACCGAGGACGCCUGCAAGUUGUUACCGAUAACGGCAAGACGGUUUUGGCUACGCUGAGAGCGGGUAGCUACUUCGGUGAGAUCAGCGUCCUCAACAUGGGAACUGCUGGAAACAGAAGAACAGCAUCUGUUCGAUCCGUUGGAUACUCGGAUCUGUUUUGCCUUUACAAGCAGGACAUGUGGGAUGUACUCAAGGACUAUCCUGCAGCAAGAGUCCGACUUGAGGCUAUUGCAGUAAAACGUCUAGAAAAGUACAAAAAAGAAGAGAAUGGAAAGAAAAUGACGUCAUGCAUCUCUGUCCCUCCUGCAGUGUCCAUGGGCCGCAGUCGCAGCACCCCUGGUCUCGUAGAAUCACGUGGUAAAGUGCCUCUGGAAGACAUGUCUGUUCCUGAAGACGACAACCAGCCCAUGACGACCAGCUCGAUGGGAGAUCCUGACAGUUCUGGCAGUUGUGGGGCUCGAGGAACUCUACGUCAACAGUUCCAAGCCACUAACUUCCUUUCACCAUCUGUCACAUACACUGUGCAAGGGGCUUCGAGUAUCCAAUCCUGUGCCUCGGAUUCUACAAAUGCGGAUCCUCAGAGACCCCCAUCCCAAUCGAACAUGUUGUCCAUCAUGCCGUCCUCCCCUUAUCGUACGCGGUCACCGAUGCAAGGCAUCCCGGAUUAUUCUUCGAAUCUUGACCACCAGGAGAGAUACCCACCUCCUCCAUCUUUGCCUUACGCUAUCGGACCACCAUACCCAGGAAGAGAGAUCUUGCUGGCAGAAGUCAAGAGGCUCAGGGAAAGACUGGUUAGCCUGGAAGCCGACAACGCCACUAUGAGUCUAAAACUUAGCCAACAGCAGUGGGACGUGGAAAGCAGACUGGCCGAAAUAGAGCUCCAAUUGUGUACCGCGACAGGCACAACGACGUCUCCGACUAUACCUAGCCCUGAUGAUAACAACCAAGAAUCUAUCAUCUGAUUUCUUAUGUGGAAUCUAUUCUACAUUAUGAAUUCCAGUUUGACUAUGAGUAACACGGGAUUCAGAGAAAAAAUCGUUCGUGAUAGUGCCACAUGACAGAUGAAAUGUGGAACGUUUUAUAGUCAUUACAGGG